AGGUUAGUAAGACGAAAUGACGUUACGUUUUUGUAUUAGCUUCUCUGAUUGAAUCGAUCAGUUUGUGUCAGGAAACCGGGUUUUCGUGAAAAUUAUUUUCCUCAUCACGGUUGAGCCGCUAAAGUAUAUAGUUGAAACCGCAGUAUUGUUCGAAUGCAGACAUAGGUUACCUUGAUUUUUCAUUCUUAAAUCAUACUCAAAAGCGUAUCACGUUAAAUGAGAAUCCGACGCUCGUUUCGUUCAAUCGACCAAUGUAUAUGCAUGUGACAUCACGUAUGUUUUGCGAUUGUAUGUAUGCUUGAUGUGUGUACGUUUUUCUCAGCUAGGCUAUAUACGUGUGCGUGUACGUGUCAGGUGUGUGGAUGCUGUAUCGAUGCGUGUAUAUUCAUAAAAUGUUUAGAAUCGUCGUUUAUCUUUUAUUUUCGAACGGAACAUUGUUCGAGUGUCGCGCGUGUUCAAACGUCAAGAAAGAAGAAGACACGUCGUCGUGUAUGUUUUUGACACAUCUCGCCAUGCCGAAUGAACAGCAUGGUUCUUCGGCCCGCUACAUACCGAACAAUACAUUUGGGAACGGCGUUUGGCAUAUGGUGCUACGACAUUUGCAGUAUGAACGUAAAGUAUCGAACAAGAUCGCAAAAUGGGUUGUUUCGGCAGCAAAGAUAAGUUGAGCAAAGAAGAUAUGGAUUUUCUUAAAUCGCACACAAGAUACGACGAAGCAACUAUAAAGGAAUGGUACAAAGGAUUUAAACAAGAUUGUCCGAACGGUAGACUAACGCCGGCAAAAUUUGUCGACAUGUAUAAAAUGUUCUUCCCAUCUGGCAACGCGGAAGAAUUUUGCGAUCACGUUUUCCGUACAUUCGACAUGGACAAAAAUGGCUACAUCGAUUUCAAGGAAUUUUUGUUGGCUAUCGAUGUAACGUCUAGCGGGACGCCAGAAGAAAAACUGAAAUGGGCUUUCCGUAUGUACGAUGUCGAUGGAAAUGGUGUCAUUGACAUUCAAGAAAUGACCAAGAUCGUUCAGGCAAUAUACGACAUGCUCGGAGCAUGCUCGAGCAACAGACCGGCAGAUAGCGCGGAAGAAAGAGCGAAGAACAUCUUCGCGAGAAUGGACGAAAAUAAUGACGGUCAACUUACCGAGGAGGAAUUUUUGAAAGGUUGCCUUCAAGACGAGGAACUUUCAAAAAUGCUGGCCCCUUAAUUUCCUCUCUCUCUCUCUCUCUCUCUCUCUCUCUCUCUCUCUCUCUCUCUGUCCGUAAUAAGGAAACAUAAAGGCAAGAUAAUCAAUUUUAAAAAUUUCUGAUACAGGUAGCUGAUCGACAAGCAUGCGAUUCACCGCUUUUUCUUUCUCUUUUUGAGAUCGUACGUAUAAUAAUAAAAAAAA